AUGAGACCAUAUUUUAGUGACGACGGCUUUCAGUUGGAGGUAGUUGCAAUUCCGGAAGAAAGCGUUCCAACAGACAAUACAGCAACAAAUGCAUUAUCAUCACUGACUCCAUCUCAACGCAUUGUGAAUCAAACUGCAGACAAAUCAAGUCAAAAUGUAGAAAAUUCAGAAGGAUCAAACGUCAAUAAUUUAUCAGUUAACGAAUUGGAAACAGUCCAUAUCUUGCCUGAAACCUUUGCAACAGUUGAAACUUCUGCUAUUCUUACUUCUCGUAGAAAAAGUAAAACUCAAAAUAUUGCGAUUCAUACUACUGCUGUAAUUUAUAAAGUGCCUAAUUCAGCGUCAACAAAAGAUUCACUUGAUACAGUACAUUAUUCAAAACCAAUUACAUCCACUAUAGUACCAUAUCAAAAAUCUCAAAUGUACAGUAAUGGCCAAGGUCAAAUUACAAGUACAAGUACAAUGAUCUCCUCGCAAAAUACUAGCAAUAGUUAUUCUAUAAAUACAACAAAACUGAAUCAUACAACAUCACAAAUAUCAGUACAAACAGUAACCGAUAUAAAUUCUGAUCAAAUCACACAGAUAGUACCAAACGAUAUUCAACUGAAAGAAGUAAGUAAUAAUAGUGAUACAAAGUUAGUGAAUAACACUUUCGAUGUUAAAAGUGAGUUAGAUGAGUGGAAAUGGGAAGAAAAAGAAAUGAAUAAAAAGCAACAUUGGCAACAAGCAGAUAACCUGAAAUCGACUGGAAGUGAUCCUGAAAUUCUUCGUACCAAAAGUAGUCCCAAACAAUUCUCACAUGCCUUUCUUAUUUUAUUUUCACUUUUACUGCAUUUCAGAUAUUUUUGCUAA